AUGUUCUACCAGUUCACAACAGGCUGCAGCGUAUCGUUUUGCAUGAUGAAAUUAUCGGACGAGAAGCAAGCGACUGCUGCCAUACAAACGCUCUCGCGUUUCACUCUCUUUGGGCUUGGUCUCAACCCAGAAAAAUACGAUCCUGAGAAGUUUCCCGCUUGGCGCCAACCCAGUCUUUAUGCCGGCUGGAAACCAUCACCGUCAAGUGAUCUCAAGUCUCGAGUGUUUCGACCGCCCAUGACGGCCUCUCCCGAAAUCCUAGCCUCUUUGAUAGCGGAGAAGUGGGUGCAGUUUCAAGACCUACCUCCUGUAGAUCCAGCAAAAAAGGGAUCAUAUUUCGAUAUUCUACACGCGUUCUACAAGAAGUUCCACCAAUACGACGUUGUAGGCAUCACAACGGUACGAAAACACGAGAACCCGCCCAAUGGCUGGUGCUGUAAGAUCCAGUUCGGAUCGCCAGAGGAGGCGAAAGCUGCACUCAACUCUCACGUUGAAGCUGGUGUGUUCCUGGGCCGUCCAGCGAAAGCAAAGAUUCACAGAGGUGGACCCAAUGUCCACAGAGAACUCUGGGCCUAUCGGCAGUCCCUUCCCAAGGACACUCCGCUGAAGGACGUCGGUGCUCUGCUGGAACAGAAGUACAGAGAGGUUAUUAUCGAGGGCAGACCGAGUCGCCAAAGAAGUAAAUACCCGACGCCAGAAUCAGCUGUCGCACUCAAGCUCGCGCUUGGAUGA